GGCCGCGUAACCAAGAUGGCGGCCUCCGUGAGGCGCUGCGCCGUGGCCUGGCUGGUCCCCGCGGCGGGGCUGCUGGCGCUGCUGGCCGGCCCGGGCGCGCUGGGGAAGCGGAGUGACGUGAAGACGCUGACGGACGAGACGUGGCGGGAGCUGCUGCAGGGCGAGUGGAUGAUUGAAUUUUAUGCUCCCUGGUGUCCUGCCUGUCAGAACUUACAGCCUGAAUGGGAAAAGUUCGCUGAAUGGGGGGAAGAUCUUGAAAUUAACAUUGCAAAAGUGGAUGUCACAGAACAGCCAGGUCUGAGUGGGCGAUUUGUCAUAACGGCACUUCCCACUAUCUAUCAUUGUAAAAAUGGAGAGUUUAGGAGGUACCAAGGCCAAAGAACUAAAAAUGACUUCAUAAAUUUCAUCAGUGACCAAGAAUGGAAGUCUGUUGAACCAGUUUCUUCUUGGUUUGGUCCUUGCUCUGUCUUGAUGAGCAGUAUGUCUGCUUUGUUUCAGUUGUCCAUGUGGAUCAGGAAUUGCCACAAUUAUUUUACAGAAAAUGUUGGUAUGCCAGUUUGGGGAUCAUAUGCUGUUUUUGCAUUGGCAACUCUGUUUUCAGGACUGAUACUUGGACUUAUCAUGGUAUUUUUAGCGGACUGUCUCUGUCCAUCCAAAAGGCACAGACCACAGCAGCACCACUAUCAAAAAAAAUUAGCACCAGAAUCAGCCCGGCUCUUGAAAAAACUGGAUGAAGAACAAGAAGCAGAUGAGGAGGAUCUUUCAGAUGAUGAAGCAGAGGAUAAAGAGUUAGCAGACAGAAACUCUUCAACAAAUGCCGUAAGACAGCGUCCUGUGAACCUCGCUGCUGCCACAGAUAAAUCGUAGUUCCAUGUACUUGAGGGUUUCUUGAGAAACAAAAAAGGUGGAAUGUAUAGAACCUUCUGCUUGAAGAGAGGUGGAACUCGUAUUGCUGUAGUGUUCGCUCAUCACUUUCAGAGAAAGCUACCUUUAAAAAGGUCUCUGUAGCAUCAGGUAUUCAAAGCUGAAACUUGAUACUGCAAAUGGCGAAACCCAAUACCAUAUACCUGUGGAUUGGUGCUAAGAAAUAGUUUGUAUGACUUUCUGAAUGACUCAUUCUGUGGCUGAGUUGUACAAAAUGCAAAACCAGUGUAUUUGCAGUAUUAGAGAAUAUUAGCAAGGAAACUGCACUAACCUGUUUGUCUGCUAGAGCAUCUGAAGAGAUUUCUCAUUGUAAAUCUUUCCAGUUUCACGCUGAAGAAAUGCUGGAAAAAAUUCCUCAAGUUAUGGGACCUUAGCCCAAUUUUUGUGGUAAAAAUGUACUAAAACUGUUUCCAGGUCACUGUUCUCUUAGGUAUGACAUUGACUGCUGCAAAAAAAUUUCUUUACACCAAUAAUGCAAACUAAGGGUAUCCUCUAAUAAAAGGUAAGGUGAUGAGACUAAUAUGGGACAUUGGAGUCUUAAAAACUGAACAGUGGCUUGUUAAUGCCAAUCGUGCAUUGGCCUGGUAUUCAGCAUUGCCCUGUUAUGAAACUUGAGUCUUCCCUUCUAACGUGGACCAUAUUACUCUUUCCCUUCUCUUUUUAACCAAUUUUCAUUCUCUGUGCAGUAGGUAAAUCUUUUAUAUGGCCCAGGCUGGAGGAAAAACUACAAAUAUGACUUUAAAAUUUGAUCUGAAGAAAUUUAAUUUCUUGGUGGCUUUUCUGCUUCUGAACUCUUGAGUGGAAAGGUAUUUUCUAGUCUUGCAAUCAAAUAAAAAAAGUUUCAUUUUUUUUUUAUUUGAAUGUAUCCUUGAUUAACUAAAGUAUGUGCAUGCGUUCUCAUGAAGAAAUCAGGAUGCCUGAUCCUCCACACUCAAACAGAAAUAGCACACUCUCUUGUGUUAAACAUUUGGUGUGAAAAACUUCCAUUAAAAUAGUUACUCUUGCCAUGUCCUAAGUUGAGACAUUUCCAGAGUUUUGUGUUCAGAGCAUCUAAUUUUCUGCUGUUUUUAUUGUGCAUAGGACAUUCAGCACUGUGUCCCAGUCUAGAGGCACAAAUUUUCUUUUCAAAUACCACAGGCCUUGUGGUUGCUUGCCUUCCAGGGCCACUAUCUGAAGCUACUGUAUUUAUUUUCACUUCUGCUGCAUUACAGCACAGAUAAUUCUAAUCCUCUUAUUAAAACAAAUGGAAAGCCGGUCCUGAGGAGUUAAAGAAAUUAUUUCCAUAGGAAUGGUCAGCAACCAUCUCUUUUCCAUGGUAGUAUGCACACUCCAUUCCUUGUGCUCUCAUCCAGUAAAGUGUUUGCCUGCUGCAUAUUAGUUUAAGGAGCUGUUUGUUUCUUUAGUGAUGUCUCAUGGAAACAGAACCUUUAAUAAAACCUAAAAGGUAAUAUGCUAUUUAGAAAAAACUUAGAAAUAGUCCUAAGCAUUUUCUGUGACUAUUUAAAGCUUUUGUGGCUUUUAGUUAAGACAGUUAUGCUCCAUAUCAAUCUGUUGAAAUGAGUAAUCUUGACUACAGUGUCUUCUGACUGCAUAGUCACCCUACUGUAGUCAAAGCGGUGAACAGCAAAGGCCAGUGCCUAUAAUUAUUCAACCACAAAAUGAAGGUCCCUCAUGUACAUUGUGUAGCUAGUACAAAAUCUCUCUCUCGCAUUACACAGAAAUCUCGUCAGUUGCAUAGUCUCUUUUUAAUGGGAGUAGAAGGCUCUUAAAUGCCCCAAAGGAGAUACACAAGUUCUGAGCUUCUCAAUUAAACGUGUAAUUCUUCUGCUCUGAAAACUGAUUUCAAAUGGCAUCUGGCAAUUCACUGUCUGUCUCAAUGACUCCAGCUCAAACUGGCGUAGUUUACAAAUACCAUUUUCUGCCUAAGUGCCAGUUCUAUCAGUUCAUCCUGCUGUAUGGAACUAAAGCUGUCCUGAUUCAACUGCAUCUUAUUAUGAGCAUGGUUGUGUGCCUAGUGUAUACUUCAAGGAACUCAUGUCACCUUGAAUGUUUGUUUGAAUUUUUGUAAAUUAGUCAAUUUAAAAAAAAGUUUCUUAGGGUGCCAUUUUAAAUGCUAUGCCCUGAAAUGAAUAUAUAUAUUUCUCCUUAUCCUUCUCAGAGUUUUUCUGUUUUUAUAAAUUUCUGUUUUAUAAAUUAACAUAUACUCUGUCUAUCCAGAGAGAGAGAGAUAAAUAAUAUAUCUGGAGAGAGUGAGUAUAUGUUAAUACUGGAAGUGUGCAUUAGCGAGCCAAAGAAAAUGAAAAUUUCUGUUGCUAACUUCUGAAGAAGUGUUUGCAAGUGAAAGAUUGCUGUAUAUAGUAGGUGCAACAUUUUCAAACAAAUGUGACUCAGUUCUUGCUGGUCCUCAUCGUAGUGAAUUUGUGGUGCUAGCAGAUUAAACAUCUUUGUCAUUUGCAAACAGUAAAUUUGGUCUGGAGUCACUGAGAGGCUGCACUAAUGGAAAUACCGAUGCCAUUUUUAAUUUUUCACUGCAAAUUGACACUCUGAAGCCAGAAAUGUUUUAACAAUAUUACUAAUUACUUCUAGCAGAGACCAACAGAGAAUAAGUAGCUAUUAAUGAAUGUCCAAGGCAUGUGGAGUAGUUACAUGAAAACAAACUUGCUCAGCAUUUGCAAAUAUUGAUGUUGAUUUAAUACAUUGAAAGUCAUGAGAGAGAGACAGCUUAAGUGUCUAAGUUAUGUCUUGAACAUUUCUUGGCAAUAAAUAACACAAAAUACGCAUAUGUGUGGCAGUUAGUCAGAUCUUUAAUCAACCUGCAUACGGUGAUUGGAAAACAUGAGUCAACUCACCAGAUAUAUUCUGCUGUCAAACAAAUCCUCCAGGGAAAUUCUCAGAUGUACAAGAAAAUGAUCAGCUAUGAAAUGUGUCCUAGUACUUCCUAUUAGUCUUUUUUGUUUAUCUUUGGUGCUAUUGGUUUGAUUUAUCCUAAGCAAAAAUAUUUUCCAUUCUGUGUUGGCACUUGUGCUGUUACCUUAGUAAAAGUGUAACUACAACAAUGUAAAUCAAUCUGUUUUGGUCAACUUUUUAGUUGAAUCUGUUCCUACAUUUUAAAAUAUCAAAAUUAGUAUAGUUUGUGAAAUGAAGUAUGUAUCCCAUAUAAUACACUUAGGAUGUUUUUGUGGGAAUUGCCUUAAAUGCUAUAGAGUGUAGAUCACUGUCUGUUAUCUGUAAAGUAAAGCAAUAAUGUGUGAUGUAUUAGAAAGAAGCAACACUUUAUUUGAUAAGUGGUACAUUUCAUUCAUCAAUGAAACUUGCACUUAAUUCUGGAGAGGAUUUGAGAGAAGGCCAAGGAGGUGGAUAGAGCUGCAUGUUCUCAAUAUGGAAAAAUGCUUAUUCUAGUUUUGAAAUAAUACAGUUUAACGUAGCCUUCCAUAUGUCUAAAUGUAGCUGCUGCUGACAGAUGCAGAUGUUAGUUUUAAACAACUAAAUUUGUAUGAUAUAUAAAACAUAUUCUUGAUGAUUUUUUUGCCAAGUUACAGCUUUUAAGUGAAGAAAAUCAGUGUGUUUUCUUGUUAAAGUGAUCAUGCUGUAGUGUUUCUUUUGCCAGGGUAACACUUGCAUAACUUGUCUUUAAUUUUUCCCAUUUUUUCGAAUACAGUUGUGCCCUACAGGCAAAUGAUUGAACUAGUUCAAAAAUUACCUCUCAGACAUAAGGGUAAUUUAUUCUGAGUUGCGUGAAUCCUGAUGUAGUGUCGCAGAGCUUGCAUUUGUGCUUAUUGUUGUUUGGGCAAAUGCUGUGUUUAGUGACCAGAGGCCAGCCUCGUGCUUUUGCUCACCUUUGUAAAUCUUACUGUCAUACUUUCACAGUGCAAUGGUUUGUUCUGUGAAUAUUUCUUCCUUUCAUCUGUACUGAAUUACCGCAUUCCCAAGAUUGUUUAUUGAGGCUUACUAGCCUCCAAUUGCAAUGUACCAAAGGUAUGUUAACGAGAAUCUGUCCUUUAUAUCUGUUUGUGUUCAUAAUGUUUGAAUAUCACUUUUAUAAAAGCCAGAGCACCCUUUUCAUUCUAUUUGGGAUUGAAAUAGCACCUCCUAGACCAACGUGAUGGUAUAUACUGACUGAUGUAACAUACCGUUUUUAAAGUUUUGUCAAAGGUUCUCAGAAAGAAUAUUCUUAUUGAAACAGUGACCAGCAGCCUUAGAUUCCUGUUUUCUCGGUGAAUUUUGAACAUAUUUUGGGUUAGCUCCAUUUUCCAGUGUCAAAGCAAGGCUAAGCAGCCAUUGUCAAUGCAAAAUAACCCUUACAUUGUAACCAUACAAUUAAUAAAAUAGUUCUGACUGUGUCUGUC